CCUCUUCGACGUCUGCUUCCCGCCCUACCACAAUAGCCUCUUCUUCUACCCACCUCUCUUUCUCACACCUUCACCUUCUUUGAUAGAUUUCAACUUGCAGUCCCGUGUCUCCCGCCCCUCUACAUCGCUUCCAUAGACAACGCUCUCCUCAAUGGCGUGGACACCUUUCCACGACUUGUCGCGGCCUUCGCACUGGGGGCCCAUUACCUCCUCCCUGCUAUGGUGCGAGGACAAGUAUCGCCUCACACCAUACAUGGCUGAGCCUUGCAACACUCUCACCAACAUCUCCUUUGUCGCUCUAUCCCUCUAUGGUGCCUACAAUGCUCAAAGAGAACAGACUGGAAGACGCUUCGUCCUCGCCUAUGCCGGCGUAGCCCUGGUUGGGGUAGGCAGUUUCUUCUUCCACGCUACGCUGAAAUACGAGGCACAACUACUAGACGAACUACCGAUGAUAUACACAUCACUCUUACUCAGCUACUGUAUCCUCGAGACUAGCCCUGAGACGAGCCCCAUCAAGAGAAAAGACGGCAAGGGCGGUCCUCUUCUACCGCUCCUUCUAGCAGGUACUGCCGUUUUGAUCACCGUCUCGUAUCUAGCACUACCCAACCCUGUACUCCACCAAGUCUCCUAUGGCGCAAUCCAAAUUGCGACCGCCCUGCGCGUCCUCUACCUCCUCUACGCCUCGCGCUCGCCCCUCGUCUCUGCACCCGAGCAGCGCGAGCGGAUCCGGGCAAGCUACCGGUUCGGCGCAGCCGUCUUCAUUUUCGGCUUUGUAGUCUGGAACAUCGACAAUAUCUGGUGUGAGGGUCUGAGGGUGGUUCGAGCAAGAGUGGGAAACGUGCCUGGGAUCUUCUUCGAGGGACAUGCCUGGUGGCAUAUCCUCACGGGCUAUGGAGCCUACCAUCUCGUCUGCUCGGCCUCACUGCUCUCUCUCUCCCUACGA